AUGAAAUGGUUUCUGUUUGCAUGUGUGCAUGUUUUUUUUUGUUGUUAUUUUAAUUGAAUUUUUUUCAAGUUUAUCUUUUUCUUCAUUUUCUGAUCAUAAUUCUUGUUUUUUUUCUUCAAUAAGAAAGCGAUGAUACCAUUUAAUCAAAUAAUCAAUCAUUUAUAUGGCCGAAGUUCUUGUUUAAAAUUGUAUAGAUCGGCUAUUUCAUUGAAUAUUGUUCAUCAUCAACAGCAAAGAUUAUUUCAUUUAACACCGGCAUUUUGGGCUGGUCAUUCAAAAUGGCAAAAUAUUAAACAUAUAAAAGCAUCAAAAGAUCAGCAAAAAUCACAGCUUUACAAUCGUUUAAUUAUGAAAAUUCGAACAGCCGUUCAGAAACAAGGUGGUGCUGAUCCAAAUCUAAAUCGAGAAUUCGGUGAUGUUAUUCAAGAAUGUCGAAAAGCAAAUAUGCCAAAUUCUACUAUUGAAAAAGCUGUUAAAAGAUCAUUGGAAAAGAAAACAGUUUUAAUGAAACUUGAAAUCAUUGGUCCUGAAGGUUCAGUAUUAGUGAUCGAUGCCGAAGUUGAUAAUCGUAAUCAAUUUCGUAAUGAAGUAAGAAAAAUAUUGAAGAAAAAAAUUGGUUUCGGUUUUGCCGAUGAAGGACGUGCAUUAUCAUUAUUCGAAGAAAAAGGUGUUGUACGUGUAAAAAAUAUUAAAAAUGAUUCGAAUUUUGAUCUUGAACAAGCAGAAGAAAUUGCAAUCGAAGCUGAUGCUGAAGAAGUUCGUAUCGAUGAUGAAGAUAAUACAAUAUUAAUGUUUUUAGGUGAUGAAUAUUCACAUAUACGUGUUAAAGGAUAUAUUGAAAAAAAUUAUUCAAAUCAUUAUGUUGUUAUUGAAAAUGGUGUUGAAUUAAUACCUUAUGUAAGAAAUGAAAUAUCUGAACAAUCAUUUCAACAAAUUGUCGAAGCAAUCAAUGAAAUUGGUGAAUUAGAAGGUGUUAAUCGUGUAUAUAAUAAUAUUUAGAAUGAAUUUCUUGUUUUA